UUAUUGGUAAAAGUAAUGCUGGAUGGGCACACUUCAUCUUCAACCCCACAUGUUACUGGAGAUGAAAUGGUCGGUAGUGGUGCAAGAAGAAAAGUCUCUAGUCCAUUGCAUGCUCCAAUCAAUGAGGAUCAAUCCAAAACACACACGGCGGAAAAUAUAUCAGUGACGCCAUGGACAAUUUCUCAUUCAGCAAUACCAGGAAAUAAUUUCAAAAAACGUGAAAGGAGGCAUAUAUAUCAUGACAUUGUCCCCCUUAAAAAUGAUGAUAAAAAAAAUAUUCAUGAAGGAGCAGGUCAGAGCUCCAACACUGAAGCACAAGUUGGGAAUUGUUUGAAUUCUGAGUUGAAGUCCAACAAGUCAAUAAAGCCUGCUAUACCUCCUAAACCAAAAUAUAUUUUGCGUGAUAAACGACAAAGACAUGUUUAUCAGACUAUCGAUUUGCAGUCAAAACUAAAUGGAAGCAUUCCCCCACCACUGCCCAAUAAGCCUCCAAGAUUGCAGUAUUUUAAUAAGGAUGGUGUACCCCCUCCACUACCUCCACGAGUCGUAAAUGAUGAAGCUGUAAAACAACGCUAUAAGCUUGAUCAGGAAUAUUUUGAAAAUUUACGCAAAAGUGUUGACGAACAUUUAUUGAAUCUGGCAGAGGCAGAUGAUCUUCCUGUACCUAUACAACACAAUAUUCCCUCUGGUAACACCCAUGACACUAGGCGACAUAAUUAUGGUGCACACAGUCCUCCUUUAACCAUCAAUCCUACUGAUUUGACAUUUGAUACAGCGCUUAGGCGACACUCGCUGCCUCUAUAUGAAUCUAUCCCAGAUGUGGACAGAAAUGCUACAGCACCACCAAUCCCGAAUAGACCUGUUGUUAGGACAUUGUCAAAUGAAAAUGAUACUGAAAACAAUGAUAUAAUUCCACAUGAGUUGCCUGUUGAAGCGGGAGUAAAUACCAACUUACCUCAUGCGAAAUUGGCAGAAAACUUAUUAUUGCUCAAAAAAUGUGGAUGGUAUUGGGGAAACAUGACAUGGCAAGAAGCCGAAGCUCUACUUACACAGAAGGAAGGCGAAGGAGUAUUUUUGAUGCGUGACAGCCAGAAUCCUCUCCAUCUUCUAACAAUCACUGUGCGUUCAACAACCAACACCGUACAUCAUAUCCGUGUAGAAUAUUGUGAAGGAAAAUUUCAACUCUAUGAACCUGGUCGUGCUGUAAGUCGAAGUGCUGCACAAUGUGUUCGCCACUCAAAUAUUGAACAGUUCAUCAAGCUGGCCGUAAAGCACUCUAUAUCAGGAAGUUUCUUGUAUUUCCUCAAACCAAAAAAUAUGGGCGAACCACCGGUGCAAAUAAGGUUAUUAACUCCGAUUUCGAGGAUGUCUAAAAUCAAGUCUCUCAAAUACAUGUGCAGAAUGACAAUAAGAAAUUGUGUUGUUGCGGAAUUGAUUCCUUCUAUUUCUGUUCCACCUAAAAUCCAACAGUACUUGAUGUCUGGACCGUACUAUGACACAGAUGAAGACCUCUGAAAUAAUUUGCUUUAACAACUGAAUUAUAGUAUGUGAAGAAUUAUGGUUUUGAGAAAUUGUUUCUGGAAUCAUAUAGAGCAAAAUCAGGAAUUUGGAAUGAUAUCUUCACCAAUAGCUUCAGUGACAUACAGAUAGAAAAAUUUUUAAAUAUAUAAUUGGUUAUUACCCUGUUCAAAAUGUUCAUAUGAUUGGCCAAAGUGGCAUAUUCCCACUACUGCUCAUUUUCUGCUGCAUUUGUGCUAGUAGAUUAUUGUAAGCUUAUCUGAUGAAGUAAACCUUAGUAUUACAGACUAAAAUGUGUAGAAGUGUGAACCACAUAAAUACUAAAUAAAUGGUCAUGUUGUUUGACAUAGGUUAUGCAAACAAGCCUUCCAGUCUGAAACUAGGUUAUUUAGUCGGAUAGUUAAGCUAUAACAUCUGUAUUGAAUGGCCCGUCUUUAUUUGACUUCCAGAAUAUAAUUUUACGGAAACAUUCAAAGUAGCAGUAGUUGAAUUUUGAUAUAGUAUUGGUACUAAGUAACCAAUUAUUUAGAUUUUGACCAUUCAAAAUAAGGGUCAAAAUGCUCAAAAUCGUACUGCCAAUUCACAGUUUACAAUAAAUGAAAUCUUGUUUGCCUGUUGUUUUGUACGAAAUUUGUCACCACUAACGCCACUUAUACGAUGGAAAAUGAAUCUAAUUUAACUAUUUUCUAAUACAUUUUGAUGCAAUGUUGUGUUUAAAUAUACCUAGAUAUGUUUUGUAAUCUCAUUAUCCACAAAUUUAUAUUUGUUAUAUAUAUUUGUAUGUAUUCUUUUGUGUGCAAUAUUGGCAUUUUAAUUUGUCGUUUUCAGCAUUACUCAUCUGCUGCUAUAUAAGAGGUAAUGUUUCACAGUGUGUGGUUUGUUGAUUCUCACUAAUAAAUAUAUAUUGUGCAUCAA